CUCGCCUCUGAUACGCCGUUCGCUGUGUGUUCAACGCUCUAAUGUUGUUUUCUUGCCGUUUCGUCUCCUAUUCUUGUUUUCGACUUGUCGAUCAAGCACUUGCUGGCCACGACCUCGCCCUAUAAAUUCCUUCAAGUUCCCCACGGCGUAGCCAUCAUGCCUGGACGCUCCGAACCUGAUGCGCCGCAGGGCCUCAACCACUCCUACUACAACCCAGAGGAACCGCCCGAUAUCAACUCUCAACAAUCUUCUGCCUCGUCUCGCCGGUCAAAACCUGGAAAGAGUCGGCGAGACCAAUCUCCCGGCGGCGACAACAAAUCUCGCAGCAGCCGUCGUGAUCCUUCUCCAGGCCACGGCAACAUGCCUAACAACAAGCAUCGAGAUUAUGACCCUUAUUAUGACAGACAUCCGCCCAGAGAUGCGCCGAGAGACUCCCGGAGAAGCUCGCAAAGAGACGCGCCGAGAAACUCGCACCAACGAGACGAUGAGCGGCGCCCACGGGACUAUGAGUACGCUCCAGAGCCACGUGAGCGCCGUCACAAGUCUUCAAAUCGAGAACCAUCCGGAGGACAGUAUUCACGCUCCCGAAACGCCUCUCCAGACCCCAAAUAUAGAUCUUCACGAAGCAUCCCAUCUGGUAACCGCGAUCGUGAUCGGGACCGCGACUGGGACCGAGACCGUGAUCGGGACCGAGACCGGGACCGUUACGGCUCUCAUCGAUCCCGCGGCGCCCCAACUUAUGCAAGCGACGAUGAGAGGGAUAGACGACGUCCAAGCCAUCGCUCACAGCCUCGCGAAGCAGACGACAGCUAUGAUCGAAGGCGCGACCAAGAUCGGAGGCGCGACCAAGACCGAAGUCGUGACCGAGACCGACAUCGUGACCAAGACCGAAGUCGUGACCAAGACCGACACCGUGACCGGGAUCGUGCACCUGUUGACGGCGGCCACCUAAAGCGCCGAAACACGAUGCCAAACGUCAAAAGUUCAAGCACCCGAGAAAAAACUCCCUUUUGGAAGAAUCCCCAGUUUCAAGCUAUAGGGAAAUCGAUAGCGAUGGCCACCGCGCAAGCCUAUAUGGAAAAUCGCCAUGAGAAGGGUAACUUGGUGGGAGCAAAGGGAGCCAAAAUAGGUUUCCGCGCUCUAGGUACUGCUUUGACCGAACAACUUAACAAUAAAAACAAGAAGAGACGCUGA